UAGCGAUAUCAAAAAUGUCGAAGGUUAGUUAGUUAGUUCGUAUAGUUGAGAGUGGCACUACUAUUUUCUCUCCGGUUUCUUUUCUUGCUUUUUCUUUCCUUCUUUUCUACUCUCGUGAUGUCGAUCACUCUAAAUAUAACUACCCAUACCCUACCUUACCUAUCUACGAUAUACCCAUACCAUACCAUACCAUACCAUACUACAUACUGACCCUAGUAUCCUUGUAUAGCGGCGAUCCCCGAGCCUCAACGCGAAGUAUGGACCAAACACCAGUUCGAAGGCUUCAAGAACAAGGAAGAGUUCGAGAAAGAGGUCGUUCGCCAUGUAGAGACCACCUUGGCCCGCAGCAUGUUCAACUGCGACGAGUCAGCUGCCUACUCAGCGACCAGCUUGGCCUUCCGAGAUCGUUUGAUCAAAGAUUGGAACAAGACUCAGCAACGCCAGACGUUUACUGAUAGCAAGCGUGUCUACUAUCUCAGUUUGGAGUUUUUAAUGGGACGUGCUCUGGACAAUGCCAUGCUGAACAUUGGCGCCAAGACCACUGCGAAGGAUGGUCUCGCCGAGCUCGGAUUCCGCGUUGAGGAUAUCAUUGGCCAGGAACACGAUGCUGCCCUGGGCAAUGGUGGUCUUGGGCGGCUCGCAGCUUGCUUCCUGGACAGUCUUGCCUCGCUCAACUAUGCCGCAUGGGGGUAUGGCCUAAGAUAUCGCUAUGGCAUUUUCAAGCAAGAGAUUAUCGAUGGGUACCAGAUCGAAGUUCCAGACUACUGGCUGGACUUCAAUCCCUGGGAAUUCCCAAGACAUGAUGUCACUGUCGAUAUUCACUUUUAUGGCAGUGUUCGCAAAACUCAGGACGAGAAUGGGAAGACAGUGGCGCACUGGGAGGGUGGUGACACCGUUACCGCCGUAGCCUACGACGUGCCAAUCCCCGGCUACGACACCCCUUCGACGAACAACUUGCGACUGUGGUCCAGCAAAGCGGCCAGCGGCGAGUUUGACUUCCAGAAGUUCAACAGCGGAGAAUACGAGAGCUCAGUGGCAGACCAGCAGAAGGCUGAGACCAUCAGUGCUGUCCUGUACCCCAACGACAACCUAGACCGUGGAAAGGAGCUGCGUCUCAAGCAGCAGUACUUCUGGGUUGCCGCAUCACUGUACGAUAUUGUCCGCCGCUUCAAGAAGACGAAGCGUGCCUGGAGCGAGUUCCCCGACCAGGUUGCCAUUCAGCUCAACGAUACCCACCCGACGCUGGCCAUCGUGGAGCUUCAGAGGAUACUAAUUGAUAUUGAAGGCCUUGAAUGGGACGAGGCGUGGCAAAUAGUUACCUCAACCUUUGGAUACACCAACCACACAGUCCUGCCCGAGGCACUCGAGAAAUGGCCCGUUACGCUGAUGCAAAAUCUCCUCCCCCGCCAUCUCCAGAUCAUCUACGACAUCAACCUCUUCUUCCUGCAGUCCGUAGAGAAGAAGUUCCCCGAUGACCGGGACAUGCUGCGCCGCGUCUCGAUCAUCGAAGAGUCCCAACCCAAGAUGGUGCGCAUGGCGUUCCUGGCGGUCGUGGGCUCGCACAAGGUGAACGGCGUGGCGGAGCUGCACUCGGACCUGAUCCAGACGACGAUCUUCAAGGACUUCGUGUCGAUCUUCGGCGCGGACAAGUUCACGAACGUGACGAACGGCAUCACGCCGCGCCGGUGGCUGCACCAGGCCAACCCGCGGCUCUCGGAGCUGAUCCACAGCAAGAUCGGCAGCUACGACUUCCUGAAGGACCUGACGCUGCUCAACAAGCUCGAGCAGUACGUCGACGACAAGGCCUUCCGCAAGGAGUGGGCCGAGAUCAAGUACGCCAACAAGGUCCGCCUCGCCAAGUACAUCAAGACCACCACCGGCGUCACCGUCAACCCCGCCGCCCUCUUCGACGUCCAGGUGAAGCGCAUCCACGAGUACAAGCGCCAGCAGCUGAACAUCUUCGGCGUCAUCUCGCGCUACCUCAAGCUGAAGGCCAUGAGCCCCGAGGAGCGCAAGAAGCAGCUCCCGCGCGUCUCCAUCUUUGGAGGCAAGGCGGCGCCUGGGUACUGGAUGGCGAAGCAGAUCAUCCACCUCGUCAACAACGUGGGCAGCGUGGUCAACAACGACGCGGACAUUGGCGAUCUGCUGAAGGUGGUGUUCCUCGAGGACUACAAUGUCAGCAAGGCCGAGAUGAUCACGCCGGCGUCGGACAUCAGCGAGCACAUCUCGACGGCGGGGACCGAGGCGUCGGGAACCAGCAACAUGAAAUUCGUGCUGAAUGGCGGGCUGAUCAUUGGAACGUGCGACGGCGCGAACAUCGAAAUAACCCGCGAAGUCGGACAAGAGAACAUCUUCCUCUUCGGGACGCUCUCGGAAGACGUGGAGGACCUGCGGCACGCGCACAACUACGGCACGCACGCCGUGGACGCCUCGCUGUCGGAGGUGUUCGACGCCAUCCAGAGCGACGCCUUCGGCAGCUCGGACGACUUCAACGCGCUCGUGUCGGCCGUGCGCGACCACGGCGACUACUACCUGGUGUCGGACGACUUCCAGUCGUACCUGGACACGCAGCGCAUGGUGGACGACGAGUACAGGAACCAGGACGAGUGGGUGUCGAAGUGCAUCCGCAGCGUUGCGCGCAUGGGCUUCUUCACGAGCGAUAGGUGCAUCAAUGAGUAUGCCGAGGGCAUCUGGAACGUGGAGCCGCUUGCGGUUUAGGGAGGAGGUGAGG